AUGUAUUGGAGUGAUCAAAAGCCGUCAACAUCAAGUGAGACCGAAUGUUUGGUUUGUGGUGAUCCGAAAGGAAAACGACAUUACGGAGUUGUGUCAUGCAAUGGAUGUAAAGGUUUCUUUAGGAGAAGCAUUUGGGAGAAAAGGAAGUACACGUGCAGUUUCGACAACAAAUGCACCAUCGAGUUCAAAUACCGGAAUCGAUGUCGCGCAUGUCGUCUUCGUACAUGCCUUGCUGUAGGAAUGAAUGUGGCAGCUGUUCGGAGUGAGAGGAACAAGAAGUCGCUGGCUUCUUUAAUCACACCGAAAGAAGAAGUCGAAUCGGAAUGCGAUGACGAGUUGGAGUCGAGCGAAUCUGACAUAAAACCUGAUCUCGGAAUUCCGAACACGUCGGCUUCGAUUAUUGCCAAACUGUUGAAUGACGACCGACGACUCGUUGAAUAUCAUGAGCCUAUAAAUGGCUCACGAAUUUACACGAUGGAUGUGGAUUUGAAUAAAGCGAUAAACGAUCCGACGACAGUGUGCCAACGCACAAAACUUCAGUGGCAUACUGCCAGCUAUCUACCUCGAAUAACCGCCGAAACUUUAAGAUAUAAUUGGUGUAGGACAUUUACAUUAACAAUUGAUUGGUAUACCACGGUACAAGAAUAUUUAGAUCUAAACGAGGACGAUCGAUUUGUUGUGGCAAAACAGAGUAUGAUGCCGAUCGGUUGGCUUUGGUAUGCUUAUCGAGCAUUUGAAUACAAUUGCGAUGGAAUUUUAUUUGUGGAUGGCAGCUGGUAUCCGCAUGAUAAGGAAAUUCAGAAGAAUGAAAUAGAUUCGACAUGCAAUUUUUAUUAUUCACGAAUAACUGAUUUGUUUAUGAGUGAAAUGGUCAACGGAAUGAAAAAAGUGACAAUGGAUGAGACCGAAAUGGUUCUGUUGAAAGCGAUAUGUCUUAUGAAACCUGAUCAUCGACUCAGCGAGCACGGAAACAAAACGAUCACCGCUGGACGUCGAAAAUAUCUGAGAACACUCUCAGAUUACUGCAGAAUGAAAACAACAAAUUUCAUGAAGGCGAGCUCGCGCCUCUCAAGUUUGCUGCAAUUCCUGCCAGCAGCGGAAAAUCUCGGAAGGCUUGAAGACGAUAGCGCAAUUGUCAUGUCGAUCUGGCAGACGCCGUUUAAUCCGGACCUCGGCUCGCUUCCAUUUGCCGUACAUUCGAGUUCAACGCCGACGGAAACUAAGACCAUGAAGAACCCGGUAGACUAA